AUGAAUGGUUCCCUUGGACGGACGUCGGCCUACUCGCGGGGAGACCCGGUCCUGCAAGGCCCCUGCCCGGACUACUCGGGCUACCGACUGCACCACCUCCUCGUCACUCCAUUGAAAGUCGUGACCAAGACCGCGCGACGAAGGACGUUAUACUGGUCACCUACGUACCCGUCCGCUCCCCCCGGCAACAACGGAAUGUGUGCUGGUAAGGUAGUGAGCAUAGCCCAGCUGGCCUCCCUGGCAGGGCGUCCUGUGUCACGUCAGGGCAGUAAACCUGUCACCUUCCAGCUGCAGGGCAACAAGCUGACUCUGUCUGGAGCCCAGCUCCACCAGGUCCCAGCAGCUUCCCCACGCUCUGUGCAAGGUAAUGUGAUGCACCUGGUGACCAGCGGGAUGCAGCACCACCUCAUCAGCCAGACCACCCAGGUGACAGUCCAGAGCGCAGUCAGCACCUCCGCCACUUCUCCAGCUUCCAAUCGGAUGCCUCACAAUAUCACAGCGCAAGUGGUCCCCUCCUUGGUGAGCAGCCCGGGUGUGGUGAAGAUCGUUGUGCGUCAGACAGCAGGCAAGGACGGUGGGCCCGUGCCGACCCUGGCAGUGGCCCCUUCUCCUCGUUUUGGUCCUCUGGCCUCCCUUUCCCCUCACCCUCACGCCACCACAACCACUGUUAGAAUCCCAGCUCCACUGCAAAUUGUCCAGCGCACCCCCGGUCCUGCUACUGCUCACUACACCAUAGCUCCUCCUGGAAACCCUAGCUUUACCCCAAACCAGCCCCACCCCCCUCGCCCCAUCCUCAAGGUAGUGCAGCCCCCUCCACCGAGCACAGAGCAGCCAGCCUCAGUUCAGGUGAGCUCCUCGUCCUCUGCAUCCAAACCCCUGGCAGCACCGCAUGAGAGCAGCAACAGCAGCAGUCAAACACCAGCUACCACUAAGUCCAGGCCCAGUGCAAAACCCCUCCCUCCACCCAGGAGAAGGCCGCCUCCACCUCCCCGCUCUCCUUUCCACUUGGCAUGGAUGGCAGACAGCCAGAAACAGCAGCGUGACAGCCGACUGGACUUCAUCAUUAGAGUGAACGAGAACCGCUGUGCAGCGAAGCCCAUGUAUGGCCGGGAGGUUCUGAACUUCCUGACUUUUCUCCCUGGAAGCCAUCCCUCGCCGGCCCCCCUGAGCGCUCGGGGGGAGUGGGGCCGCUCGGGUCACAGCAGCGCUCUGUACGCUCAGUGGCAAAACAAAUCUGACUUCUGGUUCCAGAGUCAAGCUGUGAGAGAGGCCAUCCACAGCAUUGAUGACAGACUGGAGCUGCUCAAUCCCAUUAUAGACAGGUUUACAUUUGCGAUUCCCCCAGUGGAGGCUCGUCCGAUCUCCAUGCACUGCUGCCACCCUCCACCCUCCCUGAGCCACAAGCAAGCCGUCUUCUCCACUCAGCUGUCAGCUCAAGUUACUCCGCUGGCUCGCAGUCUCCAUCGUAUCCAGUGUUACACACGGACCCAGUUCCCGGACCUGAGGCUCAUACAGUAUGAUUGCGGUAAGCUGCAGACUCUGCACACUCUGCUGCGAAAGCUGAAGACAGGAAGCCACAGAGUGUUGAUCUUCACUCAGAUGACGCGCAUGUUAGAUGUGCUGGAGCAGUUCCUCAACUACCACGGACACAUCUACCUGCGUUUGGAUGGCAGCACCCGUGUGGAGAUGAGACAGUCUCUCAUGGAGCGCUUCAAUGCAGACCGGCGUAUUUUCUGCUUCAUUUUGUCGACUCGCAGCGGAGGUGUAGGGGUGAAUCUGACUGGCGCCGACACAGUCGUCUUCUACGACAGCGACUGGAACCCCACCAUGGACGCUCAGGCACAGGACCGCUGCCACCGAAUCGGCCAGACCAGAGACGUACAUAUCUACAGGCUGAUCAGCGAGCGAACGGUGGAAGAGAAUAUUUUGAAGAAGGCAAAUCAGAAGAGGAUGCUGGGAGAUAUGGCUAUUGAAGGAGGAAACUUUACUACUGCUUUCUUCAAAGAGCAAACCAUCCGAGAUCUGUUUGAUAUGAAUGAUGGGGAGAAGAGGGAGGCGGCAGUCGAGCUAACAGUGUCGCAACCUGAGGAGGAGGAGGCUGUCAACAAACAGAGCACCACCAUUUUGGAGCAGGCCCUAUGUCGUGCUGAGGAUGAGGAGGACAUAGUAGCAGCCUCUCAGGCCAAAGCGGAGCAGGUGGCAGAACUUGCAGAGUUCAACGAGAACAUACCACUGGAUGAUGCAGGAGAACAGGAGGAGGUGGAGGAGCUCUCAAAGGCAGAGCAGGAAAUUGCUGCUCUGGUGGAGCAGCUCACCCCGAUUGAACGCUAUGCCAUGAACUUCCUGGAGGCCUCACUAGAAGACGUAUGCAAAGAGGAGUUGAAGCAGGCUGAGGAGCAAGUGGAGGCUGCCAGGAAGGGCCUGGACCAGGCCAAGGAGGAAGGCCUAAAGCUCAACGCUUCAUCCGAUGACGACGACAAUGACUCGUCACUGCCAGCUUCUGUGGAGCCUACUCAGCCAGGCCGCCGUGGCCGUAAACCCAAGGAGGCAAGCAAGAACGUCUCCUUUACCAGGACCAGCGGUCGGCUGCGCGGGGCGUCGCCCGAAACUGAGCCUGAAAAGUCACCCACGCCGCCAAAAGAAGUGCCUGAAAGACUGCGUUGUGGUCUGAGACGAGGAGCUGCCAAAGACUCUGAUACUGUGUCUACCACACCAUCCCACACAGACGAUAAUAAAACGUCCUCAUCAACCAGACUUCAAGAUUCCUCUAAAUCGUCAAAAGCCUCAUCUCCUGCCAGAGAUCAACACACAAUCAAAACCAGGACUUUGCCGAACCGCUCUCAUCCCAGUCCAGUGCCUUCCACUCCAACAAGCUCUCCUCCCACAAGGAAACAACCGUGUCUAGGGGAGACCGACAGCAAGACCUCAAAAGAAUGCAGAGAGGAGAAAGAAUCGGAGCCAUUGCCAGAAUCCAGCUUCCCGGUAGACCACGAAGCAAAAGAUUAUGACACCAAAGACCACAGCGCAAUGUCUCCACCCUCCACCAGCUCUCGAUCGCCUCGCAAGCGCCAGUCAGCAGACGAAGAAGUCCUGCGCGGCCUUGCCGAAGAUUCCCCAUCAGCCAAAGUCCUGCGGAAGCUUCCUGGGAGGCUGGUCACGGUGGUGGGGGAGAAGGAGCCACGAAGGAGGAGGCGGCGAGGAAGCGGCACUGGAGCUUCUUCAGAGGAGGCUACCGCAGAGGAGAACCCUCCCGGAUCAGUCGAAGAAUCAAACUCAAAAGACAACACAAAAGACAAUACAUCACCAAGCUCCGACAGCAAAACUAAAGGGGCCGUUGCUCAAUCUCCACAGGACCAAGACUCUACUGCAAAACCUUCUGUGCACCAUCCACCUGUCAGAAGUUACGCUCCAUAUUCUCCAGCCCAUCUUUCUCCUGACAUGCCUGUGCUGAGAAAUCUUCCUGUACGCCGCAGGUUGGAAACUGAAUCUCGCAUGGCUGCUCAGCUGGGAGAGCAGCUUUUGAGUCGGGGAAGGGGAGUAAACCAGUCCAGAAAAACUGAAACAACACCAGGCAAAGACACAACCUCUACAGAGUCCAAUGUCAAUUCUCUUGCGGGAAAUUUGAAAAGAAAGAGGGGCCGGCCCCCUAAGACUCCCCCAAGGUUACCUGAGGCUGGCAACACAGUGGCCUCUUCCCCACAGCCCACAUCCCAAAGCGAAGAACGGAACCCGCCUAACUCCCCGAAACGUAAGAGGGGGCGUCCUCGCAAAGACUCCACAACCUCGCCAGAAACUAUUAGUGAAGAACAGAACUCUAAAAAUGAGCCCACUGAAAAUGAUGCAAGCAAAGAGCCAACAGUACUGUCUCUCAAUGUGUCGGAGACACCCAUAGCAGAUGUUAUCACUACAAGUCAGGACUCCCAGUCUACCAAAGCUGAGGAAAUGGACACUAAGAGUGAGGUUUCAACCCCUGCUCCAAACCCAGCUCAAGCUCACACAACCACAGAUACAGUUUCAAAACCAGCUUUACCCCUAUCACCCACUGCACCUGCACCCCUUCCUGUAGCUUCCUCCACACCAGUCUCAGCCCAAUUCCUUAAUUCAGAUCUGACUACAGUUCCAAGCUCAGACACAGCACACCCACAGGUGUCCUCUGUAACACAUUCUAUUUCUGCUGUUACAACCACCACCCAUGAAGCUCCAUUAGUACCCACCAAUAAGGGUGUAAAACCAACAGCUGCCAAUACUCACAUACAGCCCAAACCUUCAGUUUCUACAACUCCUAAAGCUCCUGUAGAUCCCAAACCUUCAGUUCCUACAACUUCUGCAGCCCCUGUAGAUCCCAAACCUUCAGUUCCUACAACUUCUGCAGCCCCUGUAGAGCCCAAACCUUCAGUUCCUACACCUUCUGCAGCUCCUGUAGAGCCCAAACCUUCAGUUCCUACAACUUCUGCAGCUCCUGUAGAGCCCAAACCUUCAGUUCCUACAACUUUUAAAGGUCAAGUAGAGCCCAAACUUUCAGUUUCUACAACUUCUAAAGCUUGUAAAGAGCCCAUUCAUUCACCUAUUACAAAUUCACAAGCUCUUGUAGAGCCUGAAAUUGCACAUAAUACAACUUCCAAAGCUUCUGUAGAGCCUAAACAAUCAGUUUAUUCAACAACUGUGAAAACAACAGACCCAGGCUCCGCUAAAACCACCACAGUAGCGCCACCAGCUGCUAGCACUCCAUUGACUUUACCCUCUUCCAUGAUGGCUGUCAAAGCUGUUCCAACAUCAAUCCCUGCCACAGCAACCGCUAAUAAGGUCAUAUCAGAAACAGUCAGAAUUACUUCACCAGUCACUACAGUAAAAUCAGCCACAUCUAAAAAUACAGCUGUAAAGGACUUGCCACAGGCCUCCUCUCUUUCAUCCACAACAUCGACCCCAGCUGUUGUAACCUCCACCCCACCUACAGCUUCACCAAAACCCACUUCGACAUCUUCCCCCGCUUCAGCAACAACCACAUUAACAGUAGAAUCAGUCCAAGCUAGUCCAUCAGACGCUAGCACAGUUUCCACAGAAAAUCCAACAACGCCUGCUUCUAGAAUACCAUCAGAAUCAUCUGUGUCAUCGUCUGCUGCAAAUACAGUUCCAUCUUCUCCAAGGACUAAUUUGACACCAACCAAACCAGACUCGACCAUUGCUCCGACACAUGAAGGUGGCUACAUAAAAUGUCCUCCUCCAACAACAACAACAUCUACUACUGUAACUACCACAGCCAAGGAGAAGGCCGUGGCAGUUACAGAGAAAACAGAGAAAGUCCAAGUCACCACCCCUUUAGAAACAGCAUCCCCUUCCAAUGAACAAACAACUGCAGAAAAGACUGUCAAGAUCCCAUCUCCCGUGACAACUUCUACACCAGCUCCAUUACCAACAGUUACCACAACUACAUCACCCCCAGAAAAGUCCAUGACAGUUUCUACCACAAACAUCAAAAAUACUCAAGUGUCCUCUACUAUAGUUAACCCAACAAAUACAGUUCCCGUGUCCACCACACAAACGACUCCAGAUGUUUCCCUGCAAGUACAAAGCUCUGCAUCCAGUGAGGUACCAACACCUGCUCCCUCUAGUGUUACAUCUGAGAAACAAUCACUAAAACACAAAGCACCUGCGUCUAAAAGUGACCCAGACGGGUUGGAAGAAGUAGGUAAAACAGAAGCUGAGGCAAAAGCGAGCAAGGAGGAGGAUCAAGAUGAAGAAACAGACAUCCGUAAGUCUCAGCGUAAAAGGAGGAAGGUGGAGAGUUCGUCUGGGGCCAAAGACUUUGAGUCGUCAAGGAAGGGGACUCUGCGUGGAUCUGCCGCUCAGAAAGAAGAACCUAAGCAGAAAGGGUCAGAGCAAACUCCAAUCCAAAAAAGGCCUCUUAGCCGCCAGAGUAGCCAGGACUCUGCUCGCUCCUCUUCUUCAUCAUCUGGGUGCUCAACCCUAACUCGUCAAGCUCACCACAAGAGGACUUACGAGAAUAGACUUCCUACCAAGAAGAGGCGCAUGGAUGUCACCUCAGAAACAGGGAACGAGGAGAAUAACAAAGAAGAUAAGAAGCACACCUCUCGGGGAAGGCGUUCCAGGUCUUCUUCUUCCUCGGACUCUGACACCAGCGAGCACAGAGAAGAGCAUCGGUUAACACGCUCAGCUAAACACAGGCUGCAGGAGAGGGAGAAGGGAAACAGCCGACAAGGAAAGAAACCCGACAGGAGUGCAUCAAACAAUACCAACGCAUCCACAGGUGGAGAGUCCGGCAGUGAUACGUCUUCUGUCGGGAUCACCAGAAAGUCUGCAGGAUCUAAGCCCUCGCAAGAAAGUAAAGCUCAAACAAACAGCGCGCCCUUGAUUCCUCCUGAGCCUGAAGUCCUUGGGAAGAGGUGCUCGGCUCUCAAUGCUGCAGCCAAGCUCCUGGCAAUGAAAGGCAGGGUGGAUACCCCUGGCCACACCACUCGGAAAGACUCUGGUGCUAAGGCUGCUGGGACUUCCCCUGCCUCUUCUGACAAGAACCAAAAGCCUAAAAGCAAAAGUGUUCCAGCCUCCCCUCAGAGUAACUCUUUAAAUCUUAGUAAUAAUAAAAGCAGUUGCAGCAAAACUUUAACACCCAACCAGACAAGCCACUCUGCUUCCCGCUCAACUAGGCAGCGCCCCGGUUCUCUGGUUCCACCCCUGGAAGUGGAGCACAAGAGGUCUAAGGCAGAUGAAAAAGACAGGGGGGCUAGAAGGUCUUCAAGGAUCAAGGAAGGCGAGGCAGAGGCGCUGUCUUCCUCCCGAGGCCACAGUGCCUGCAGCAGCGUGAGCAGUGACGGCGAGGGCGACGCUGGCGGACGCAGCAGCAGGAGCCGCAGCAGCAGCAGCAGCAGCAGCAGCAGCAGCAACAGCAGCAACAGCAGCCAGCGGACCCGCAGCAUCAGCUCUCAAAACACGGAGCGCCGAGAGUCCCGCGCCACUUCCUCCGGCAGCGAGCGAGAGAGGGAUCGCAGCUCCGAGAGCAGAGACAAAAGAGACAGGCACCGCAGGGAGAGCCUGAGGUCGCAUAAGCUCACGCAGGAGGUGACCAGCAGUUCGGGAGCAGAGGGGACUCCGGACCGGGUCCUGCGGAGCGUCGCGGCCCUUGCAGCGGUGCAGGCCCGGUCACCGGCCGCAAGCACCCGCUCCUCGUUUGGUCACCACCGUCACAACAAGACAUGAUCAGAGUGCCAAAGGGAAAAAAUAAAAGCUAGAGCACGAUAUGAGAGCACGAUAUGAGGGCACGUCAUGACCUCCAAGGUUGCUGCUUUGUGUGCACUCUUAAUGAAUGCAGGGGAACUGAGUGCUGCACAAGCCAGGGACCUCCCUGCCUCUUGGGCCCUCUCCCUUUCCAAUUUGGAGCUGGCCGACUCAGCAGCUCAGCUGGGGGAAGGCUCAGGGAAUGCCGGACUGAGAGUUAAAAAAAAAUGUGGCGCCAUUGUUGUGCGUCCGUAAACAGACAGAGAGAUGGUGCAGUGGAUAAGUCGCCGCUGGGACUUGAGAGGGACAAAGGUGCAAGAGAUGAUAAAGGAAAGCUGUUAGUUCACAUUAUGUACUGUAAUCAUUAAAGACUGGAACACUCAGAUCUUAUUUGUUAAGAUGGGAUUAUACAGCACCCUCUAUCAGGGUCAUAAAUGGUAAGUCAUUUGUGUGACAUUAAAAUCUUACGAGUGACCAGUUGUAUUGUAAGUUGGAGGUUUUAGAGAGUUUGGUUUUUCAAAUUUUGUCCGCUGUCCUGACUAUUGUUUCUUUGUAGUCAGUUGAUAAGUUAUGCAUAUUUUAUUAUUUCUUCCAGGCUUAGGAAGAGACCAGAUCUUUCAAUGUGAUCUUUGCUGCACUAUGCUGGAGCUUGUCUUUUGCUUGGGCCCUUUCUUUUUGUCAUGUCAGUUUCUGUUCAUUGGAUUCCUUUUUAAAUCCAGCCUUGCAUUUCUCAUUUGCACAUUUUUUUUUUUGAAUACAUUGUGGUGUAAUACGUUUUUACAUCAACUGCAGUCUAUAAUUGGUUCCAUGUACCUCACGAUGUAUCUCUACAGUUUGAACAUGUAUUAAUUGAAGCUGCAGCUUGGCUUGAACAGACCUGGAGCAACAAAAAUUAAAUUUCUUUUUUCUAAUCUUCCUAAAGGCAGUUAUAGUUAUGGUCCACUUUUGUCAUGUAUUAAUAUCAAAAGGGCAAGUCAAUGUUAUUAAAAUGAAGAGUGCCUCUUUGGCCAAAUGGGUUAGAACCUCAGAUUGCCUUGUGAAGCACCUGAAGCAAGGGUGUCAUGCUUAUUACAAAAAAAAAUGUAAAAGCCAAACAAAAAGGAUACAACUCGAGAACAUCAAAAAAGCACCCUGAGCGUCAGUGCUACCAAAUUAAUGUUUUACUUUUCACCUGAAUUUAUUUGUCACCAUCACUUCAUUGCUCUUCUUUCAUGUAAAAAAAAAAUAUAUAUUACUUGGACAAAAUAUGUGAAUAAAAAUGACUGGUACAGUUCCAGAUGACUGUAAACUGUCAAUUUCCUUUUGGACAUGUCGAAGAUAUUGAGCAAAAGUUGAUAUUUGGGAAGGGGGGGGGGUGGAUUGGGUUGUAGUCUAUGGUGAUGGUCUUAUUUUUUAUUUGUCUCUUUAUUUGUUGCAUUCCUUUUGAUCCCUUGUAAUUCCACAUUGUUUUACUUGAAAAAUUAAGACAAUUACAGUUGAAUAAAAAGACCAAAAAUUA